ACCCGGAAUGAGAAUGAGAAUGACUACCCAACAACCCAACUCACUAAAUCAAACCACCAUUCGAACCAACUGGAGAUAAAAAAAAAACAACCCGGAGAAAAAGAAGUCGUGGAUAUCUAUUGCAAUACUUCGACGGCCUUAAACAAGCUCAACGUACUUUAGCGGGAACUACAUAUUAGGCGCAUGUAUAUGCCUGCAGGAGCUUGUAGGUUUGUGCUUGGAAGUAAUGGCUAGAUAGCCAAGAGUUCUUCUGAGCCAGAGAGUUGGGCACGGGAUCUGAGGAGAGGGUCUUUGGGACUGUGGUGGUUGGUGUAUUGAGUAGGGAGGGUAUUGGAAGGCAGGGAGGGGAGGCUCGGAGGGUGCCUCGGCUCGGCUACUGUAUGGCAUUCUUAGGGAGGAGGCAGGGAGGAUGAUCAUAACACCCACCAUGAAAUCCACAUGCAGAGCCAGAAAACCGGUUGUAUUAGAUACACGUUGAAGGAGAGGGUAAGAUUUUCACUGCCAAAGCUGAUAAUCAUCCCGUUGCCGACUGGUUUACAACAAGUCAGAAGUUCACAGGGCUUUGAGGAGUUCUUGUCUUGAGAGGAGGUUUUACGUCAACUUUUCGCCUCAAUCUCGCUCUUUCGGCUUAGCGAUCAUCAAUCAGUAUCACUCACUUACCUACCUACCGACCUACCUACCUGCCCACUCAAGCACGUCUUCAUUAAAUCCUUCUUUUAACAACUUACUUGAAACCCAUCUAUCUAUCAAUCUAUUACAAAAUAUGGUAUCCUCCACACCCCAAAAAGGCGAAGGAGAAACAGAAGAUAUACCCCUCCCGAAUAAAACAUACACCAUCCCCAGCACAGGACAUACAUAUGUAUACAUCUAUCAUCCAGCCCAGCAUAUCAAUAUCGAGGGAACGAGUAACAAGAAGCACCCGACUCUCCUCUGGCUACAUGGAUUCCCUAGUACUUCAGCCGAAUGGCGCAACCAAGUCCCCUAUUUCCUCAAUCUCGGCUACGGCAUCCUGGCUCCAGACUUACUGGGUUAUGGCGGGAGUUCAAAACCGCUGGAUGUUGAUGCGUAUGUGGGGAAGGCGAUGGCUGCUGAAAUUGUGGCUAUUUUGGAGAAUGAGGGCGUGUAUGAGGAGGGAGGGGGAGAGGUAGUGGGGAUUGGGCAUGAUUGGGGAACCUAUCUCCUCUCCCGCCUCGCAACGUUCUACCCAGAGCGGUUCUCCGCACUUGUCUUCAUGAGUGUGGGAUUCCACCGGCCGGGGGUGAAAGGUAAUAUUCAUGCUGUUAACGAGAAGACGAAGAGGAGGUUGGGGUAUGAACAGGCUGGGUAUCAGGUUUGGUUUGCUAGUGAGGAGGCGGGGAGGGUGCUUGGGGAGAAUUGGGAGACCUUCUUCAACCUCAUCUACCCCACCAACCCCCAAACCUGGACCACCUCCUUCGCCCCCCUCGGAUCCCUCAAACGCUUCCUCCUCACCAACACCCACUCCUCAACCUCCCACAUCCUCGCCCCCUGGAUCUCACCCCAAGCAAAAGACCACCAUCAUAAAAACUUCACCGUGGAACCCGGCUCCAUCUCUGGAUACGAAGCCCCACUAAUGUGGUAUAAACGCGGGAUUCAAAGCACCGGGUGGGAGGACGAGAAGAGAGCGUUGGACGUGGGAGAGAUAAGAAGGGAUUUAAGAGAUUUGGGUGGAGGAAAGGGGAGGGUGUUGAUGGUGGGGGGAUUGAGAGAUACGGUUUGUAGUGCUGAGACGGCGAGGAUGGUGAUGAGGGGGGUUGUGGAUGAGGGGAAGCUGAGGUGUGUUGAUGUUGAUGCGGGGCAUUGGAUUAUGCUUGAGCGACCGGGGAAGACGAAUGAGAUUUUGAGGAGGUUUUUGGAGGGUGAGAUGGGAGGUGGGGUAGGUAGUAGAUUGUAAUUGAGCUCUGGAGAAGUUCGAGGAGAAGGGGAAGAUACGGGUGAAGUGGGAUGGAGUGCCAAUUUUCUUUGAAUGAAACAGCUUCUAGAUAUUAACGUGUUUCUCAUAUAGUUCUGAUUAUAUGAUUGAAGUAUUGCCU